UUAAAAUCAUUCAAUUAUUCCUUAAUAUAUAACUAUAUUUCCAUCGUAUAGAUCUGCAACAAUCCUCAGAAUUACUCUAAUGCGCAGUAAAUACCAUCAUUAACUAGACUCAUUUUUUCGACAUUUUUCUUAAAACUGAUGGACAUUUCUUUGGGCCACGUCUGCGACAUUUUGUUGGCUUUCCAUUUUUUUUUUCAGAGAGAUUGUUGUUGUGACAUUCGACUCAAAAUCUUAACUUAAAAUUUCCAACCAUUCGAUUUGAGACAUCUAAUUUAGUUUGGAAUUAGACGACACGUUCAAUUCAUCGUUCUUUGUUUGAUACGUUUGAUCAUAUCAGAUUGCAUUCAGUGGGUAUAGUUGAAUCAGAAAAAGAAAGAUCAAAGAACAAGAUCAUCAUGUCGAGUAGAAGAAGAGCUUAUCCACAACCUCAAUAUGCUGCUGAUCCAGUUACUGGAUCUCCAGCUUUGCCAUCACCAAUCACAGGUAAUCAAUAUCAACAACAACAAACUGGGUUAGGAAUCCCUACUCCUACUGCUUUGGAUCAUGCCACUCAACAAUUCUCCAAUUUAAACCUUGGUACUGGUAAUACAGCUUCCAAUUCACCUUACGCCCCACAAGUUAAUCAAUUCAAUCAAUACCAAGGUCAACAACCUCCACAACCAGCCAGUCCUCAACAAAAUUAUAAUCAAGGUGGUAGUCAAUAUCAAGCCCCAAUUGGAGGUCAAGCUCAAUCUGGUUCUUAUUAUAAUCAAGUAGAUAAUAUAAAUCCUGCUUUACCUUUAAAUCAAUUAUAUACAACUGAUUUAUCAAGAGAAUUACCUCCUUCCAUUACUGAUUUAACCUUACCUCCUCCACCUAUAGUUUUACCUGCAAAUACCACUUUAGUUCCUAAUUCAGAAACUUCCAAUGCUUCACCUGAUUAUUUUAGAUCAACUUUAAAUGUUGUCCCAAAUAGUUCAUCAUUAUUAAAAAAAUCAAAAUUACCUUUCGCUUUGAUUGUGAAACCUUACAAUGCUUUAACUGUUGAAGCUGAACAAAUCACCGUCACAUCAGAUACUACCAUUAGUAGAUGUCGUCGUUGUAGGGGUUAUAUUAAUCCUUUUAUUACUUUAGCUGAAAAUGGAAGACGUUGGAGAUGUAAUUUUUGUAAUUUAUUAAAUGAUAUUCCAUCAUCAUUUGAAUAUGAUGAAAUUAGUGGUCAAGUUAGAAAUAAAUUUGAUAGAGUUGAAUUAAAUCAUGCUGUGGUUGAAUUCAUUGCUCCAAAAGAAUAUAUGGCAAGAAGUCCUCAACCUAUAGUUUAUACUUUUAUUAUUGAUGUAUCUAUAAAUGCUGUUCAAAGUGGUUUAACUGGUACUAUUACAAGAACCAUCUUAGAAAGUUUAGAUAGAAUUCCAAAUGUUAAUAAAACUGCUAAAUUGGCUUUUAUUGGGGUUGAUUCUAAUUUACAUUAUUUUAGAUUUAAUGAAGGGUUAGAAGGAGUUGAAACUUUAAUUGUAUCUGAUAUUGAUGAACCUUUCUUACCAACUCCAGAUGGUUUAUUAGUUAAUUUAGAAGAAAAUAGACCUGCCAUUGAAAAAUUAUUAUUAGAUUUCCCAUCUUAUUUCGAAGGUACUGGUAAUCAAGGUUUUGCUUUAGGUCCAGCUUUAAAAUCAGGUCAAAAAUUAAUCGGUCAUAUUGGUGGUAAAUUAAUUUGUUUCUCAUCUUCUUUACCAUCUGUUGGUGAAGGUAAAUUAACUAUCAGAGAUGAAUCAGGUGUUGCUGGUAAACCAAAGGAAGCUAAGACUUUAUUAACUGCCGCUGAUAGUUUCUAUAAAUCUUUUGCUGUUCAAUGUAAUUCUUCUCAAGUUACAGUUGAUUUAUUCUUAACUGCUUCCGGUUAUCAAGAUGUGGCAACUUUAGCUAAUUUACCUCGUUAUACUGCUGGUCAAACUCAUUUCUAUCCUGCUUGGACAAGUGCUAAGUUCGGUGAUGUUACUAAAUUAUCUAAAGAAGUUAGUGAUCAUUUAUCUCAAGAUAUUGCUAUGGAAGCUGUAUUAAGAGUUAGAGGUUCAACUGGAUUUAGAAUGAGUUCUUUCUAUGGUAAUUUCUUUAAUAGAUCUUCAGAUUUAUGUUCUUUCCCAACUUUCCCAAGAGAUCAAAGUUAUUGUAUUGAAAUCUCCAUUGAAGAAAAUGCUACUAAACCAGUAGUUUAUUUCCAAGCUGCUGUAUUACAUUCAACUUCAUUUGGUGAAAGAAGAAUUAGAGUAUUGAAUUUAGCUUUACCAACUUCAAGUAAGUUAAAUGAUAUUUAUGCAUCUGCUGAUCAAUUAGCCAUUGUUAAUUUCUUUACUCAUAAAGCUAUUGAAAAAGCUUUAUCAUCAACUUUACAAGAUGCAAGAGAAUUCUUAACUAAUAAAGUUAUUGAAAUUUUAAAUCUUUAUAAAAAGGAAUUAGUUGCUGGAAAUGUUUCUGGUGCUUCACCAUUACAAUUAUCAACUAAUUUAAGAAUGUUACCAUUAUUAUUAUUUUCACUAACUAAACACUUAGGUUUUAGAUCUGAUAGAGUUCCUUCCGAUCAUAGAGCUGCCGCUCUUAAUAUUCUUGGAUCAGUUCCAAUUAAACAAUUAAUCAAAUCAAUUUAUCCAACUGUUUAUGCUUUACAUAAUAUGCCUGAUGAAUGUGGUUUACCAGAACGUUUAAUUCAACAUAAUGAAGAAACUGGUGAAGAUGAAGAAAUCAAUACCACUAAUAUUUUAUUACCAGAACCAAUGAAUGGUUCUAAAGCUGCAUGGGAAAAUUAUGGAUUAUACUUGGUUGAUAAUUCAAGUGAAUUAUUCUUAUUUGUAUCAGGUAAUGUGGUUCCAGGUUUAGUUCAAGAUUUAUUCGGUACUGAUAAUUUAUAUGAUAUUGUAACUGGUAAAACUGAAUUACCUGAAUUUAGUGUGGAAGAAUCCGAAUUUAAUUAUAGAGUUCGUCAAAUCAUUGGUAAACUAAGAGAACAAAAUGAUUCAGUGGUAUGGAAGAGUUUAUUUGUUGUCAUUGGUGGUUCAUCAAAUGAACCAAUUGAAAUCUCUCAACAACGUGAUUUAACCGCUUUAAGAAUGUGGGUUUAUAGUUGUUUAGUUGAAGAUAAAACAGGUGGUGAACCUUCUUAUAGAGAUUUCUUAACUUCUUUAAAAGCAAAAGUAACUCAAUAAUUCUUUUCGUGAGUUAAAUUUCAUAAGAGAAGAGGGAGAAAGAGAUGUUAUUUCAUUAAAAAAGCCGAACUCAACUUUUAUAUUUUAUAAUUUUUUAUAUAGUAAUCAUUAUUGUUAAUUUACAUUGUCAUAUUUUUUUG